GGUAGCUCAUUUUCAAGACCGUGCCGAUAGUCACUGUGUAUUUGAGCAGCUGACAAGAUGGCGAAGGUUGAAGCAAGAUCGGAGAGUAAAGGCAUUCCAAUAUCACAGUUGCCGAUUUAUAGUAAUCCUAAACCAAAGAUAUAUGAGGAAGUUGAUGAUGCCGGUGCAAUCACAACAACACUGAGGCGAUGGGUGUCGCCAAUCACCCAUGCUAUGGUUCCAGGGCUCACUUACGUCAGGGCUGGAAGACAGCGUGCUACUGAAAUAGGACAGACAGGAUAUGCACACACAAUGACAUCCGUUGAGAUGAUCAAAGAUGAUCCUUAUGGUCCCGCGUCCAUAGCUGGAGGAGCUGCUAGUGGAGUACUUCUUGGCAUUAGAGGUGGAAAAAUAAUAAAAGCAGUCCUGGCCGUGAGCGGAGCUGCUGUAGGUGGCUAUGUCUACUACUGGGAACCAUAUAAAGCAUCAGCCAAGGUCUUCAAUAACAUAAAAGAACAAGUUGAAGGCUACAUAUAUCCCAGUGAAAAGAAAGAAACGCCAGAAAAACCAGCCCUGACAGAAAAAACGACAGACAGCUAAAACAUUUCGAUAUUAUUGUCCUUUUUUUCUCUAUCUUAUGUAUUAAAUGCCUCGUACAGUU